AUGGAUCCACCAACACACAUGAGUGGAGCCGGGAAAGCAAUUGCAGUUGUCAUGAUGGAAGGCAAAACAGUGACAGCUGGGAACAACAGGGUGUCAGCUCAGAUGCGACACAAAGACGAUCCAAGUCGAUGUGGAUUCAAUGCUUUCACAACCGAGCUGUUUAGGCAGCAACACUUGGAUCCACAUGGACAGCUCCACAUGGAGGACUUCAUCCCGGUGAUGCAAGACAAUGGCAAUUAUCAUCAUCCAUGGUAUGACAGGAGAUUCUUCUACGGAAACACAAAAGCCACUAAAGGGCAGGCCUGUCACUCCGCAACAAACAAACCCUUCAGUUACAAGAACGCAAACAGUCUGUUCCACGCCGCCUACGAGCGAGUUGAACCACCCAUCAUUUCGUGGCACGUGCUCCAUUUGCAGAGAGGCACCGGUGCCAGAAAGGCGGAACAGGCUGGUGCAGAAUCUUUCCACAUCGGAUCGCAUGGGGGCUGGAGGCACCGGGGAGCCUCUGUUCAAUCACUAUCUCACUCACGUGCCUUUCAAGUUUGUGUCAUGGUUGCAGGAUACCAGUUCACACCCGAUUCACAUACCGGACAGAGAUGCCUGGAGGUCCGACAGCAUCAGGCAGAGAACCCAGAGUUCUGGAAGGACGUUCAAAAGCAUGACAACACCCUCGAGAAGUUCCUCCAACUUCUAGAGGGAAGAACUAUUGCACAAAAUGGAAGAGCAAGACCAGAAGAUGAAGAAGCAGAAGAAGGAAGCCGCAUCUUCGUGGACUGGGGCACAGGGCAUGUCCUAUCUCAAGCAAAUCCUAAAGAUCUUGAAGCCCCAAGUCUAUGCGGUAGACUACACAGAAGAAGAGAAGGAAUCAUCUUGGAAGAGAUGGAUGACAUGGGCCCCCCAGUGGAGGACGCAGACACAGAGUUGGCGGAAGAUCUCAUGGCCGCCGAAGGUGAAGUUGAUUGGGUAGAAGAGAACAAGAGAGACAAGACAGAUACAAGAGCCGUGCAACAAACCUCACCAUGGCGAUUGCACAAGGCCACCCCGGAGACACUCUCCAGUCGACCUGAAGGAUCCAGGAACUUGGCCAAACGACGGAACUCCAGACUGGGCAGGGGCUGUGGAGUUCACGGCAGAUCUACCUCUGACCAUUGA